AUGGCUUCUCCUGAUAACCCACCUUCCGUUCCUGAGGGAUGGAAAGCUGUUUGGGAUAAAGAAUAUAAAACUUGGUUCUACGUCAAUUUGAAGACUGGUAAAUCUCAAUGGGAAUUGCCUACCUCUCCAGAUACCAGUGGUCACUCCAAGCCAAGUGGUGCUCCUCCUCCUUCUUACAACCAAUCAACAUCUCAACAAAAUGAGCAAUCGAGAUAUCAUCAACAACAGCCAGUUCCACAACAACAACAACAACAACAACAACAAUAUUCUGGCUAUCAACAACAACAACAAUAUCCUCCUCAACAACAAUACCAACAAUAUCCUCCUCAACAACAAUACCAACAAUAUCCUCCUCAACAACAAUACCAGCAAUACCAACAAUACCCUCCACAACAAGGCUAUUACGGUGCGGCCCCUCAACAACAGUAUGUUCAAGCUCAGGCCCCUGCUAAGAAGAGCAGGUUUGGCGGUAUGGGCACUGGGUUACUUGGUGCCGGGGCCGGUUUACUCGGUGGUGCUUUGUUAGCCGAUGCUAUUGGUGGCCAUCAUGAUGGAUGGGAUGGUGGUCCACCACCUCCUGACGGAGGACCUGGUGGCUGGAAUGGUGACGAUGGACCUGGUGGUUGGGGUGGUGAUGACGGUGGCUUUGACGGCGGUGACUGGUAG